CCGGGAGUUGGGAACCGGCUCCGGGGUCAGAGUGCGGGAACCGGGAUGGCGGCGUCUGAGUGCGUGGUGAUCACUGAUGAUGAACAAGGCUAUGACCUCAACCUGUUUUGCAUCCCUAAACAUUACUCAAACGAUCUGGAGAGAGUAUUUAUUCCUCAUGGUUUAAUCAUGGACAGGACCGAACGUUUGGCAAGGGAUAUAAUGAAAACCAUGGGAAAUCAUCACAUCGUUGCCCUCUGUGUACUCAAGGGUGGCUAUAAGUUUUUUGCUGACCUUUUAGACUACAUCAAAGCAUUGAAUCGGAACAGUGACCAGUCAAUCCCAAUGACGGUAGACUUCAUCCGCUUGAAGAGUUACUGUAAUGAUCAGUCGACAGGAGAAAUCAAGGUGAUUGGAGGAGACGACCUCUCGACUUUAACAGGAAAGAAUGUAUUAAUCGUUGAGGACAUAAUUGAUACGGGUAAAACAAUGCAGACUCUGCUGACCAUGUUGCAGGAUUACAAACCCAACAUGGUGAAAGUGGUGAGUCUGCUGGUUAAACGAACUCCACGAAGUGUGGGCUAUCGGCCAGAUUUUGUUGGUUUUGAAGUUCCCGACAAGUUUGUGGUUGGAUAUGCACUCGAUUAUAAUGAAUACUUUAGAGACUUGAAUCAUAUUUGUGUAAUCAGUGAAAAGGGAAGGGAGAAGUACAAGGCAUGAGGUGCGUGACACUUCAAUGGACUGUCGGAUUGCAUUGGUUGAAACCUCCUGAAAAUUUGCUGUGGAAGAUAAUCUAGUGCCAUGCUGUGUGCUUGUUACUGUCUGUGAAUUAGAUAUUUAAAGGCCCAUCAUGAACAUGCUUAAGUAUUUUAUUUUUGUACUGUAAAACAUAAAGCCAGAAUCUAUCAUCA